CGACACGAGGAAUCCCCAAAGCUAUUCUGCUCUUCGGCUCUUCCCCUUCCCCUCGCUUUCCCGUCCGUCUUAUUCCGUUUUCACCGAUCAUGGACUACUCCGCCCUCACCGAAGCUCAACAGCAGCAGUACCACCAGCAAUACCAGCCCCAAGACCACCAGGCCGCCGCCCAGCCCUACGACCCCGCUCAGGCCCAGGCUUAUGAGGCCUAUUACGCCUCUUACCAUCACCCCCACUACGACUCCUCCGCCUACCACCACCCCCACCACCACUACUACCCUCAUGACUACUCCUCGUACCAGCCUCCCCCGCCCGCCGCCCAGCCCGAUCCCGUCCCUGCCCCCUCCGCCGCCGCCGCGGCCUCCGCUCCCCAUGACCCCUCCCAGAUCCACCCGUCGCAACCACACCACUAUUCGGCAACCGCCGCGGCGGCCGGUGGGCAUGGGUAUCCGCUAUUGUCUUCGGAGCAGCAGGGGUCGGGGUCGUCGUCCACGUCGGCGGAGGCCUCGUACCCGGUCCCGCCGGGGUUGAACCCUGCGGCGGCGGCCGCGGUGGCGGCGCUGUCUCAGCUGACGCAGUUUGCGGGGACCAUGGACGCGGCCGAGCGAGCGAUGUCGGGGAUGCAGGAGAGGUCGUGGCAUGGGAAGAACGGGGGGAUGAUGGGGCCCGGGGGGCCGCCGCCGCCGCCGCCCCACCAUCAUCCUCAACACCCCCACCACCAGCCCCAUCACCCGCACCACCACCCGACGCAGCACGGGGCGGUCUCGAUCAGGCCAGGGGGUGGCAGUAGAUCUCCGUACAGGGGUGGUGGUAGAAGGGGUGGUGGGCCUUUCAGAGGAGGUGGUGGUGGCAGAGGCAAUUUUGGCCACCACCCUCCAAGGCAAGAUGCUGGAGCAGCUGCUCCUUUCCGUGGUAGAGGACGAGGACGAGGACAGCUGGGUAGGGCUGGCAGCAGGAGGUUCCACCAGUCUGCUCCUGACUCACAACAACCUAAUGCUGCACCUGCACCUGCACCUGCACCAGGCAUCGAACCAACAACACCGGUACCAGACAUUGAGCAGGCACCAUCACAGGCAUCAGCACUGGCUGCAGCAGGCAUGCUACCAAGGCAUUCUCUCCUCCCUAUUGCAUGGUGCGAUAUUUGUAGGGUGGACUGCAACAGCUUGGAAAUUCUGGAGCAACACAAGAAUGGCAAGCGACAUAAGAAAACUGUGCAGAGAAUUCAAGAGAUACAAGCUCAGCAGAAACUCAUGGCUGAAUUACAAGCAAAUGUUGCUCUGAAGCCUGAGAUAGCCCUCCAAAAGGCUAAAGAAAAUAAGGCUGACCAAGUGGUUGAACUGAACGAAUCCUCUGAUCAAGUGGAUGAAGCGAAGAAAGCUUCUGCUGCAUCAGAAAACAUUCCAUCCGCUGUCUUGUCUAAUCAAGCUGGUGAAGUGAAAAAUUCUACUGCAUCAGACUUGUCUAAUCAGGCUGGUGAAGUGAACAAAGCCUUUUCUGUAUCGGAAGGCAUGACAGCUGCAGACUUUUCUGACCAAGCUAUUGAAGCAAAUAAAGGCUCUGCUUCAUCGGAAAACUUGCCAGUGGCAACUGUGACAAUGGAGCAUCAAGUCGAAUUUGAGAUGCAAAGCCAGAAUGCUGACGGUCAGUCUGAGCCUGCAAAGGAAGGGGAAGCAGGAACUAUGACAGCGCUUUCUGAUGCAUCACAUUCUGAAGCACCGCAAAUGGAGGGGCACGUAAGGAGGCCAUGGAUGGGUGGCCAUGAUAGGUAUGACAGGAGGCGUGGUCCAAAGCGGAAGAUGAUGAGGUUUGGUCGAGGUGGGAAGCGGUUGAGGAGUUUUGAACCUGUGCGCAGCAAACCUCCUGAGCGUCUCAAGGAGCGGCCAAGGGUGUGUACUCUGUGCAACGUAAUGUGCGACACUUUAGCUGUUUUUGAGUCCCACUUGUCUGGGAAAAAACAUCUUUCACGGAUCAAGCGGUUCCAAGGUCAAGAUACUGUUUAUGGGCCCAUCAGUGUCUAUAUUCCUCCAAAUCAACCAAUGGCCUAUCCUCCUCAAGCUCCAGAGCCGUUGUUUUAUGGUCUUCAGAGUCAUGAGAUGCUCCAGCAGGAGGCUUAUGGGCUUCAAGGUCUGCCAGCAGAAGGUUAUGGUCUUCAACAGGGUAAUCAGGCCAAACAAACUACAGAAUCUGAAGGUGCGGGUCUGGUGUCUCGGGUUGAGGAAAGGUUGGAACAUCCGGCUAAUGAAAUCCCUGCAGAUGGGGCCCAGGAAGCUGUAGCCAUGAAGGUUGAAGGGCAAACUGCCAUUUCUGAGUUUGAAGAAAAGGAACCUAGUCAGUCACUUACGGUUUCAGAGGCUGCUACUAUGGAAGAGGUCCCAACUACCGAAGAUGUAGUUCCUCAUCCGGCAUAUGGAACGACCCCUGGUGAUGGUGCUGUUCUGCCUGGACUUGAUAUCAGAGUUGAGGAGUUGAAUGCUGGAAAUGGGGAACCUGGUAAUGGGGUGGAUACAGCUUCCCAUUGAACUGGUAAGGAUGCUUGGGUCCAUCCAAUUUGUCCAUCUGGUCAAUCUUUCAUGCUUUAUUAGGUUUUUAUGGCUAAUUAUUGGCUGAUAUUAGGAAGCUUUAUCAAAUCAAUUAUAUGAUUGUGUAAUUAGUUAAUGAGUGCUGUUCGGGUAUGUAUGGACCUGAUAAUGUAGAACAAUUUUAUCAAACUGUAUGAGCAGGACCUUAGUUCUUGUUUGGUUAUCUUAUUAUAGAGGUUCAUAAUCUUCCUGAUCAA